AUGUCCGACGGAGGUCUGUUGAAGCCGGAGAAGGACUUCUCCAAGGAUGCCGAUAAGCUGAUUCCUGAGACGGAACAACUGGCUAAGACCGACGUCCAGGGUGCGAUCGACAAGCUUCUGGUCCUGGAGAAACAAGCAAGACAGGCUUCCGACCUGCCCACUACUUCUCGAAUCCUUAUCACCAUCGUUACGAUCAGCAAGAACUCCGGCGACUGGAACCUCCUCAAUGAUCAGGUGCUGCUUCUCUCGAAAAAGCAUGGCCAACUCAAACAAGCUGUGACGAAAAUGGUGCAGGUGGUGAUGGGAUUCCUGGACGAAACGCCUAGCUUGGAUGUGAAGUUAUCGGUGAUCCAGACUCUGCGGACCGUGACUGAAGGAAAGAUCUUCGUCGAAGUCGAGAGAGCCCGUGUCACCCGAAUCCUAUCUAAUAUCAAGAAAUCCCAAGGCGAUCUGAAUGCCGCCGCCGACACUCUUUGCGAGCUGCAGGUGGAGACGUUCGGGUCCAUGACCAGGAGAGAAAAGACGGAGUUCAUUCUGGAGCAGGUGGCUCUCUGCAUAGAGCGCGGUGACUGGACACAAGCCACUAUCCUCAGCCGCAAGAUCAACAAGCGGUAUUUCAACCGUAAGCCGAAGAAGAGCGCCGAAGAAAUUGAGAAGCUCAAGAAGGAAGCCGAGGAACGGGAGAAGACGCGUUCUCCCGACGAGGCCCCCAUGGAGGUUGAUGACGACGUCACGGACCUGAAGCUCCGCUAUUUCGAGCAGCAGAUCAUCCUCUCUAACCACGAAUACAAGUACCUGGAUGUGUGCAAGCAUUACCGUGAAGUCCUGGAUACCGAGUCGGUUGAAAACAACCCGGAACAGCUGCGAGCAGUCCUCGCCCGCAUCGUGUAUUACAUUGUCCUGUCUCCCUACGACAACGAACAAUCGGACCUGCUCCAUCGCAUCCAGCAAGACUCGCGACUUUCUACGGUUCCCGUCGAGGCCCGGCUGAUCAAGCUUUUUACCAUCCACGAACUGAUGCGCUGGCCGAUGGUCUCGGAGCAAUUCGGACCCCACAUCUGCAACACGGAUGUCUUCAGUGCCCAACCUAGCCACUCCGCCGACGACCAGCCGCACCGACGCUGGCAGGACUUCCGCAAGCGCGUCAUCGAGCAUAACGUCCGGGUGGUCGCCAAGUACUACACUCGCAUCCAGAUGGGUCGGUUGACGGAGCUUCUCGAUCUGACCGAGGAAGAGACGGAGAAGUACAUCAGUGAACUGGUUACGUUAAAGACCAUCUAUGCGAAGAUCGACCGUCCGGCGCGGCUGGUCAACUUCGCCAAGCCCCGUGAUGCGGAUGACGUCCUGAACGAAUGGAGCAGCGACAUGAAGAGUCUCCUGGGACUCUUGGAGCGCAUCGAUCACUUGAUCACCAAGGAAGAGAUGAUGGCCCGGAUUCUGCCCUCCCGCGGCGAGAAGGGCAAGGCUCGCUAA